AUGACCGACGACGAGGAAGAACAAGCCGCCUCGCUGCGAGCCUUCGUGGUCUCAAGCGAUGGUAUCAUCGCCAAGACGGCGCUGCAGUACGUGGACUUCGUACGUUGCCACCGACGCGUGGUGGACGCACGUAAGUGGUUCAAGCUCAAGUCAGAGCGGGGUAUCGACCUGUACACGGAGCGUAUAGAGCUUCGUGAAGCCCCAUGCAACAUGCGACGCUCUCUUCCUGACGACUGCAGCAGUUCUGGGUCCUUCGGAGUGUUGCGUACUACGAUGGUUAGCGCAUUUGGAGGCGGGACGCUGACCGGUACUCUGGACGAGGUCAUGGACGGACUGUAUUCUGACACUACGGAGCAGAUGCAGCUCAGCGCCCCGAUCCAGUACGGUAGCAUCCUAGACUGUGGUGUGGUGCGAACAUUUCGCACGCGCUCGGACGCCAAGCCGCACGAGUUCUUUGGCGUUAAGUUCGUAGAGAAGUGCAGUCACGUCCCCGGUACUAUCGACGAGCUCUGCUGGGUCGAACGAAUGGACACCAUGGUCACGGCAGGGAGACGCUUCGGGUUCCAGUUGAUGAAAUCGGUCGAGACGGAGGACCGAAUGUCCGAUCAGUCUGUACAUCGAGUCAACAUGUCGGUGUGUUAUCUCUACUAUCAGGCAGCCCCAGAUAAAGUGGAUGUAUUUAUUCGAGGGAUCGUCGAGCUACCGGGCAGCAACAAACGUCAACGACGUCAAGAGACCAUUAAUGCUGCUGGGGACUAUAUCCUCGCCACGAUCCGUGGAAGAGAAUGUCGACGCAUGAAGACGAUAGCCACGCUGAUCGAAAAAUCCAAGACGGAGCGCGAGAAUCUCAACGCUUGCCAUUGCUCGAAGUUCGUACGAGGACUGGACAAAGUUGAAAUGUGCUCGGGUUGUCAAGAAUCGAUGCGUCGUCCGAAGCUAAUUGCAUUGGGCGAUGUUGACAGCAGGAAAGGCGGCUCAAAUGUACCAAGCGAGUCAUUGCGCGGUACCAAGCUCAUGUCGCGGUAUGGCAGUACGCGCGACGAUGGCGACCUGCCAGAUACUGUGACCAGCUACUGCGAGUCCAAGUCGUUCCGCAUGAUGCUGCCGAUUCGAGAUCCUCGCCCGAGCUCCAACUAUCGAACGAAACGCAGAAAUCGAGAAAAUAUCCUUACCACGAUGCUGCGCAAACAUGAGCAAGAGCGAGAGCGUGAGCGGCGGAGUAGUGCAACAACGACAACGUCGAGUGUCUAA